CGGCGAGUAGACCCAAACGCUCUAAAUUUAUUAACAGUAUCUUAAUUUGUUUAUCAAAAUGGGAUUUUCAGACACUUCUAUGUUUAUGAAAAUUUCGAUGGCAUUAGGAAUAGUCGCAUUUAUAUUUGAUUUAAUUGGAUUUGCUUCGCCAUAUUGGUUAAUACAAUCUGGUGCAGGUGUUACUAUUAGUAAUUUACUAUGGCAAUCUUGCUAUUCAAAUGAUGGCAGUUCUGAAUGUAAAUCUCUUCAAUCUGAAGGCUUGACAUCAGAAAUAAAGGCUGGUCAGGCCUUUAAUGUUCUUGGAUUUCUGGCAGGCGGUGUGGCUGUGGUUCUGAUAAUUCUUUAUAUUUUCUGUCUAACCAAUAAAAAACCAGUUCGGCUUCUUGGUAUGAUUGCUGCCUUUGUCGCAGCUGGCUUAAUUCUGAUUGGUGUUAUCAUAAUCGGAACCUCUGACUCAGCAAAAUCGUUUGUUGUCGGUUGGGCUAUGAUUUUAGCUAUCAUCGGAGCAAUACUUUAUGUGGUUACAGGAGUCAUGGUGGUUGUUGACGUAGUUCAAAUCUAAAUAUCUAUAAUUUUACAUCUGGUAUACUUUGACUUCAUCAUUGGCUCACUAUGACGUCACAAUCUUGAAGUAUCGUAUUGACGCCUUUUGAUUUUUCGUUAUUUGUUCUUAUCCUUUCAAGGCAGCUAUCCAACUGAAACGAGGUUUGAGCUCAGAAAAUAUUUUUCCGUCCUUUCAUAUUGUUCUG